AUGGUUUUCCACGCUCCGAGCUGGGUGGGCCAAUUGCCUGCGAUUCCUGACGAUGUUGCGAUCUGUGAUUUCAUGCUCGAUGAGAAGUAUGGCCGGCAUGCGUUGUCGUCGUCGAAAGACCCGUUCACUUGUGGGAUGACCGGACGGACCUACUCCGCCGAAAAGGUAGCAGAACGCGUUGACGUCCUUGCCCGAGCACUGGCGAAGGAGUUUGGGUGGCAGCCAAACAAGGGCACGGAAUGGGAGAAAGUCGUGGGUAUCUACAGCUUCAAUACCGUACGAUAUCCCGCCUCCGAAAAUCACCCUGCGGAGAGAAUCGACUUUCUUGUCCUCUGUUGGGCGAUUCAUCGAUGCGGCGGCAUUGCAUCCCCUGCCAAUGCUAUGUACUCUACCGAUGAACUCACCUAUCAGUUGAAAGAUUCUGGUUCCCGGAGCCUCUUCACCUGCAUUCCCUCUCUGCCUGCUGCUUUGGAGGCUGCUGCAAAAGCAAAUAUACCCCGCAAUCGGAUAUACAUCCUUGAUCUCCCGGCGCAAUUUGCAGGACCCGAGAAAGGUUUGGAGGGGAUGAAGACCCUUGAAAAUUUAAUCACCGAGGGAUAUUCAUUGCCGAAACUGGAGAAAUUGAGAUUUUCACCAGGGCAGGCCGCCAGGCAAACCGCUUUCUUGUGCUAUUCUAGCGGUACUUCAGGCUUACCGAAAGGUGUUAAAAUCGCACAUCGCAAUGUCAUUGCCAACACUCUUCAAGUACAAACAUUUGAGAAGGAGUAUAGAUCUUCGUUGACACUUCCUGGCCAAGCUCCGUUCACGGAUAUAUCGCUUGGUUUGCUGCCUCAAAGUCAUAUAUACUCACUUAUUGUUAUGUGCCAUCUCGGGCCAUAUCGCGGUGAUCAGCUUGUCGUUUUGCCCAAGUUUGACAUCAAUCAAUAUCUCGAUACAGUUGAAAAGUAUAAAAUAAGCACCCUUUAUGUUGUACCUCCUAUCAUUAUUGCGAUGUUGCGAAAUAAACAAUUAUGUGAUAAGAGGGAUCUCAGUGCAGUGAGAGCCAUAUUUACGGGUGCAGCUCCAUUGGGCAAGGAGCCUGCGGACGAAUUGCAGAGUUGGAAGCCUUCUUGGUCGAUUCGACAAGGCUAUGGUAUGACGGAAACUUGCACUGUAGUGUGUACCACAAGCUCUCAUGAUGUUUGGCUCGGUUCCUCUGGCUCCAUUCUCCCAGGUUUUGAGUGUAAAAUUGUAUCGCCUGAGGGCGUUGAGCUGACAGGCUACAAUGAACCCGGCGAGCUGGUUGUCAGGUCCCCAUCCGUAGUGUUGGGCUAUUUGAACAAUGAAAAAGCAACGAAUGAAACCUUCAUUGAGAAUGGCUGGAUGCGCACUGGCGAUGAAGCCGUUAUCCGCGUUGCGCCAAGCGGCAACGAGCAUGUCUUUAUCGUGGACCGUAUAAAGGAGCUGAUCAAAGUUAAGGGCCUCCAAGUCGCUCCAGCAGAGCUCGAAGCGCAUCUGCUUUCCCACCCCGCGGUUGCUGAUUGCGCCGUUAUCCCUGUCCCCGACGACUCCGCUGGCGAGCUACCCAAGGCUUUCAUCGUGAAAAGUCCUGCAGCAGGCUCAGACGAUGCCGCGACCAUCAGGGCCAUCCACAAGCACGUGGAAGAUCACAAGUCGCGGCAUAAAUGGCUCAAGGGAGGCGUGGAAUUCUUGGAUGCUGUUCCAAAGAGUCCCAGCGGUAAAAUUCUAAGGCGUCUGCUGCGAGACAAAGAGCGGGAGUCCAGGCGCAAAGCUGGUGCUAAAAUAUAA